AUGGGGGCUCUUAAGGGGCUUUUGUUGCUCCUAAUUUUACAGAUUUCUACUGCAAGCACCUCAGGUAAACCAGCUGACUUCUUAAAUGGGCUGAGACAAUAAGACACUUUUAUCAUGUAAAUUUAUUGUAAUGACUCCAUGGGGGAAAAAUCUGUGCAUCUUAUUCAAUUUUCAGUAAUUGACAAAAAUGCUUCUUUUAAAGAUUAUUAGGUUUGUCUUCCCACAAACAAAUCCAAACAGCUGACAUAAAUAAAACUAUGGUGAAGAUUACAGACUAUUAAAUGACAUUUUAUUUGAACUUUUUCCUCUGAUUCAUGAUACAAAGUUCUCCAGUGAAACCUUUGAUUAACUCUCUUAGGGUAUCCUCAAAGCCACCACUGGACAUGAAACUUUGAUAUCAGAGAUGCUAUUUUCAACAUGAACAUUAGUUUUAGUAUUUUCUUGCACAAAAUUUCAUUUUUUUUUUUCAGGGAAUAUCAAAGUCACUUUUUGAGUAACUUCAAUCAUGCCUUUUAAAGCAUCACAGUCAAAAUCCAUUAGCCAUAUGGCCAUUAGCCAUGUUUAUAUGUGCAAAAUGUAUUGACCCGAUUAAAAUUUGAGGGAUCGGAUGAUCUAAGCAUUUGGACAUGCGCAGAAGUGUCUGAUUUCGCUCAAACAACCGCAGAAGGAGAGUUGUAUUUACGGCUGUGCUGUCAACAAACCAACAGUAGUGGCUCACCCACUCCAUCUGAUUCAAGGGUUUUCCCCUCUGUUAAAUGUUGUCACUAGAUGGCGCCCUUGCGUACUUAUUUUACUGUUCUGUCAAAGGUUGCACUGUGCGUACAAAUGUGACAUCAUUACAUGGUUUGUACGCCUUGAUAUGUUACUGGAGGAGCAGACACGGCACCUGCGGUUGUGUUUUAGGCCAGAGUGUUAAUAAUGAAACCUCCUGUACUGACCUCAAUCAAUAAACCAAAGGCUUAAGAGUGACGAUCGAGUCAGGUAAGAGAGUCACGAAUGGAAAAAGUGUUUAAAUGGAUGCGAAUAACGAUCGGCAUAAACUACCCCUCUCGAUCGGAAUACAAUUACUUUCUGAUUGAGCCGAACAGGAUGUUCACAUGAGGCAUUUUUAUUCCGAUUGAGCAUGUAUUCCGAUUAUUUAUGCCCAGGUAAAAGCAGCUACUGUUAGAAUGCCACAAGAGAGGGUCAUAUCAUUCAGCUGCAGAAUCUUACUUCCCAUCAAAAUCUGGUCUACCGUUAAAUGUAGAUUUACACAGGCAUCAUCCUCUGAAGUGAUUUGAUGCAUGUGUGAUUGUUCUCUAAACAAUAGGAAAAAGGACGUUAUUGACAUUGAUUCUCUAUUUUACUUGAUUUUGUCUAGAAAAACAUCUUUAUUUCUUUCAUAAAACAAACUCUUCUUGUACUUUUGCAGGAACUCUUGUCCCCACCUGUGACUCAUGUCAUGAUCAAGCUGCCUGUCUGGAGUUUAAAGAAAGAGGCGACACUUUCUCAAGCCAGUCGCUCUCAUGUGUCUGUAAAGAUGGUUUUGUAGGUGACGGUCUUGCGUGUUAUGACGUAAAGCUCUGCAGUGACUCUUCUUGCUGUAAAGACGGUUAUCACUGGUCACCGGACAAAGGCUGUGUGGACACUGAUGAAUGCUCCCUCAAAGACUCACCCUGCAAACCAUCUCAGGUUUGCCAAAACACUCCAGGCUCCUUUGAAUGCCUGGAGCCUCACCCCAGCUCCAGAUCUGGUCCAUCCUUCCAGUCUAGCCAGUUCCAGUGUGGAAGCAUAACAUGUCCUUUGGGCAUGGACUGCAUCAGCAUGAACGGGACCCUCCGCUGUGCUGAUCCCUGCCAGCAUUACACUGCACUGAAUGAUGAGUGGAGAUCAACCAAUAACACCUCCAACCAGAUUCACAAUGAUAUAAAUCUUUACUGGCAAGGCUGGUAUCGGCUUUUUCUGGGACAAACCAGUGCUCAAAUCCCAGAUUGGUGUGUGCCUCCAAGAAGGUGUGGAGCCCAUGUCCCUAUGUGGAUAACAGCACCUCAUCCCACACAGCCAGGUCGGAUUGAACGUCGCACUGUGUGUAACUCCUGGGCUGGCAGCUGCUGCUACUUUGUCUCACACUACAUCCAUGUCAAGCUCUGCUAUGAAAACUACUACGUCUACAAACUUGUUCGUCCAAGCUCUUCCUCCCUUGCAUACUGUGCAGGUAUUGUUCAAUUUAAAAUACAAAAGUUUAUACUCACAAAAAGGAAAUUGAUACAGUCUUAUAAAUGACUUACUAAUCAAGAAGCAACUGUGCUGCUGUCCACAAAUCUAAAAAAAUAACGUACUCAUUUAAGCCACCUUUGGUCAAACAAUAGUGUCUAACUGUUUUUAAUGUAAACAGAGGUGAACGGAACAUCUCCUGUGGUACCUUCAUCAACACCUGAACCAAACACUCCCACCACUCCCAACUAUGUGAACAUCACCUCCACCACAACAGCAGGAAACAGCUCAACAGCUGAGGGGGAGGUCCGCCUGGUGAAUGGGAACAGCUCCUGCUCUGGCAGAGUAGAGAUCUUCAACCGUGGACAGUGGGGGACAGUCUGUGAUGACAGCUGGGACAUCAGAGACGCCAACGUGGUGUGUAGACAGCUGGGCUGUGGUGCUGCUCGUUCAGCUCUGUCAAACGCAGCUUUUGGACAGGGCAGUGGACCCAUCUGGAUGGAUGAUGUGAGCUGCUUUGGUAAUGAGCCAUCCAUUACAGACUGCAGACAUCCAGGGUUUGGGGUUCACAAUUGUGGUCAUGUUGAAGACGCCAGUGUCAUCUGUAAAGGUAAAUAUUUAAACAAAAAUCUCACAGUACUCACCUCUCAAUGAGAAGAAAACUGAAUUUUACAGCCAUCUACAAUAAACUACAUCAUGAAUAUUAACAUGUAGAAUUAACAAAGAACUUUGGCUCAUAACCAUUGAUGACCCUGAAGGCUGAAGAUGUGUCCAGACCUGACAAACUCUUGUCUUUUAGGUGAUCCAAACUUUAACAGCACAGUCACAGCUACUCCUGGUCCAAUUCAACCAACUACUACUCCCAUACUAUGUGAACAUCACCUCCACCACAACAGCAGGAAACAGCUCAACAGCUGA